AAACCCCUCAAAACCAGAAUAGAACGGAGACCCUGGGCCCCUUCCUUCCUGCCUUCCUUCUUUUCUCGAUGUUUACCACGCAAGACACCGCCCAUUCCUCUGACUCACUGUAGAUUCUUACAACGGCAAAUACUGUACUUGCAUACACACUCCAUGGGAGAGGCCAGUGUAUGGACGUUUGUGUGAUUGGCUAAUGCCUUUUCAAUGCCCAACCGCAGGGUUUGAACAGGAACUCAAGGCCUGCAUUAAUAUGGUGAAAUAAAUGUGAAGACAACUUCCCCUCCAUCAGACAUCCUGUUACCCCUCCCACCUCUCAACCCUCCCUUUUUCAAGUAUCAACAGGCAAGGGAGAAAACUUUACACACCCGCACCCCUUUAUUGCGGUGCACUCAUCCCAGUACCGUGCAUGCAUGACUGGAGCAGCAGCUACCGUAUCCACAGUCCAGGGAGAGGACUGACACUCAACACCUUUUGGUGGGACAUUUUAAAACUCUUUCCAAGGCUUGGUUGCUACUCAGAGCUGGGAUAUACACUGGAAUCGUCCCAGGCGGACAGAGAUAGAGAGGGGAUUGGUCCUCCGGAGACCCGGGCCGGGGCGUGCUGUUGAUCUUUGAGGGAAACGGAGAGGGGAGAGUCUAAUCUGUCCCGCUGGAGAUUUAUGACCACGCCGCCAGCCCUCAUCUCUGCCUCUUCCUCGUCUGUGUGCGGAUAGGGAACCAGCCUGUGGGAACCUGUUCCUAGGCUCCUGCUCCUCCCACCCACCCACCGCCAGCAACUUCCUCACCCAUUCCCUCCUCCCCCACAAUGGAGAGAAACUGGGUCUGGAUUUCCCAAUCCUGAAGGCAAGCAUCGCUGUUGUUGAUGUUGAUCUCCUCCACCGUUCCCGCCUGCCUGUUCUCCCUUGGUUUGCUCUCCACAUUGAAGAACAUUCUUUUGGUUUUGUCGACCAUUUAGAUAUUUGGUUGACGAGCCAGCCUCGCCAUAGAUACUUGAUAUUAUCGUCCAUGUGUUGAACCCUUCCUGCCGCCGCACAGGCCGUCAGACAUGGACCUGUCCCUGUGGCAGUACCAGUUCAGGAUCAUCAUGCUGGGGGACUCCACGGUGGGGAAGUCCUCGCUGCUCAAGCGCUACACGGAGGACGCCUUCCUGGAGAACAUCAACCAGACGGUGGGGGUGGAUUUCUACGUCCACUUCCUGGAAGUGGAGCCCGGCGUCCGCAUCAAACUGCAGUUCUGGGACACGGCGGGCCAGGAGCGCUUCAGGUCUGUGACGCGUUCCUACUACCGCAACUCUGUCGGCGGCCUGCUGGUGUUCGACGUGACCAACCGCGCUUCCUUCGACCACGUGAAGGACUGGCACGACGAGGUGUGCGAGCGCGUCGUGCCGCAUCGGGUCAUGUUCACCCUUCUGGGCCACAAGAGCGACUGCGAUGCGGACGACCACAGCGAGAGGGUGAUCAGCCGGGAGGAGGCGGAGAAGUUAGCGAGCCGCAUGGGGAUGCCCUAUGUGGAGGCGUCGGCCAAGACGGGCAACAACGUCCAAGAGGCGUUCGAUGUGCUGAGCCGGCGGAUCUACGACGGCCUGCUCAGCGGAGAGGUGGAGCUCCGCGAGGGAUGGGACGGCGUGAAGUGCACGACGCCCCAGGGGUUGAACGUGCAGAGGGAGGGAGCCGCCGGGCAGCCGCAGACUGCCGACGGAACCAAGCGCAAGAAGAAGUGCUGCGGAUGAAGCCGGGUGGGGUCAAAGACUUGUGUAAUUAUCCUUCUUUGCUGAAUGGUUAGAAACCGCAUGAGUCAAUCGCAGUGACUGCCGACAAGCCUGAGCUUGUCGCUAAAUAGACUGUCUGAAGAAUUACCGUCCUUUUCCUAAAAGUGUUAUUUGUUGACAACAUGACAGCAUUGCAACACACUGAUGUGUAGCCUACAUCUUGUUUUUAUUUAUGAAAUAAAAACGAUUUAAGUAAAGCUACCGUAGGCCUACAAAGAAAACCAAUUUACUAAUUUAAUCGAUCAUGCCCCUACAGGAACUAUGAUGAAUGCAUCGUCACUAUCAAUCAGGAUUCAUAUGGCCCAGACAUAACUGGAUAAUUAUAUCGAUAUAUAAAUGAAUAACUGGCAACUAGGUAACUAAGUAUACUACUAGAUUCAAACACAGUGCCAAACACAUACACAAAAAAACCUAUUUUUAAUGACGUAUUAUUUUGACAAUUAAAAAGAAAACUAAAAAACAUUAUUUGGGUUGGGACAAGAGCGGAGAUUAGCCAAAACAACAAUUAGGUAACGAAUAAUCCGGUACUUGUAAAAUACUUUCAACAGCAAGAUUUUUUUUUUCCACUAAAGGAAACCAAUUCUCCUUACACUUACUAACAAUAUCAAAACACAACAUGAAAGCAAAAGUAGUCUUAGUACUAAUAAUAAUAAUAAUUAAAAAAAAAACACACCAUCCCAUACACGUGUACUCAAUGUAAAAAAUAAUUUGCCAAACAAAGAAGAAUGGGAUUGUGAAGGUACUGGCAAAACAACUAAACAUUAAGAGAAAAACCAAUGGGUGAAGAAGAAACAUAUUUACCCCAUACCCUCCCAUCGUAAUACCCGUUACCCUAGCUAACCAAUAUUAUCACAUACAUAUUUUGUAUGUAACCCAACCCACUGUGUCCAAUCAUCUCCUAGUAUGUUACACUGGGUGACCAAUCAUCUUAUAGUAUGCAACACUGGCUGUUCAAACCUCGUCGUUCACAACCCAUACCUUAUUUUAUUGUACCUCCCCCAAUCAUCGAAUCAUCCUUGGUGGACAAGCCAUGUUGAAAACAAGGAAAACAUUAGAAAGAUCCCUAUGGAUGGGUACGGAGUACAGUGGAGCCGUCAUUUUUACUUUUUGGUUGUCUUGCGGAUCAGUGCCAUCCUCUGAAAUGAGAGAAAAUCACAGUAUAAAUUGUUAUUUGAACACAAGUUGGCCGUUUCUUUCCCCAACCAUCUUUUUAGAUCCCGUUCCAUUAAGCAGGAUAUCUUUAAAAAUCCCAAAAUUAUUAUUAUAUUCAUAUAAAAUAAUAUACAAUUAUAUAUUGUCGUCAGUCAGUAACCUGUGACAGUCCCCCCCCCCCAAUUAUCCAUUAAAUUAAUUAUUAAUAUAAUUAUUAUUUUAUAUGGUUCUAUUGAAAUUAUUUGACACAUCACUGCUGGUUCGGAUUCACCAUCUUGUGAACAUGGUGAAAAAGGAAUAGAGCAAAUCAAAUCUGGUCACUGACUGAAACCCGAACCAGUAUGGUGAAAAGAAAUUGCCCAAUUUAACAUCAAAACACAUUUUGUACCACACUCUACCCUUAACGCGGCCGUCACACAGAGAUACCCCUUCACAUGCACUGACCUGUUUGUGUGCCUCUGUGGUGCAGGCCUUCUUGAAUGGCCGGAUCUCCUCUGAACCGUAGCCAGGGAUCCACAUGUUCCACUGGCGCUCUGGCAGCGAAACAACGAUCAUUAGUCAACCAACAAUCAACAACGCAGCUUCUCUCCCCAAAAGGACAAAUAAGGACGCUUGUACCCAAAGCAUCCGCCAAAUUUCCCACGUAUCAUGUGUCACGCGGAUCACACUCGACGCUUGUAUCCAGUGUCUUCAAAUAAACACUGUGCAUUGCUAGCAUGGGUGGCUGCAGUGGGAAACAAACCCGUAACCCUGGCAAUGUGAAUGCCAUUCUCUACAAGUUGAGCUUGAUUGAACCAACCAAAAUGAAUGCUCAAUAAAAAAUUAAGUCUUGACGCUUGAUUGUACUUGAUGAAACCAUUUCAUUAUAUUGCCGAAGAGAGAAGUAUCUUUGUGCACGCAGUGCAAUUCUCAGAACAUAACAUUUGCAAGACAUUGCCAAACAGUUACCUGCACCUUAAAUCGCAUACAUCUGAUUUCACUACUCAAGGAAGUCACUUAAUGGGUAUAUCCAUCUGCUAAACGCCUAGCUUUGGCCUUAUGUGAGCACACAUCAUAUCGACCAUAUUUAAAGCUUUUCUCCUUACACCAAGAGUUAAGCGAGCCAGCAGGCACUCACCCAGGUGUAGCUGCACAUCCUUCACCUCCAGGGUGUUGGACUUGCGGUGGCGGGCCAGCUGGCAGGCUGCCGUCACCACGCUCUCAAUGAAGUCAUCGGCAAUCUGCAGCAGCAUCUGAGAGGGGGGGCCGUACAGUGAGUGUGUGAGUGAGUGGCUGGUGGGACCUGGGUGAUACAUUUAUCUAAUAUCAAUAUGGUGACGUGAUAGAGCGAUGAUGUUUUGGGGAUUGGGCAAUGAUAAUAUUGCAAUAAUAUGCAAAUGUUUGCCAACUUCUAGAAGGGGUAUUACAUCAUAGUAAAGCAAUAUUCUUAUCUUAUUAUUUGAGAAAACUGAAUUGAAUUACGAAUCCUUCUAUCCGAUUUGCAAAGAAGCCAACUGAAAAAUGACACUUUCUCCAAUACUAUGUGAAGGGAAUGCAAAAUAAAGCAUCCCCUCCCUCCCUUUAAUCAAUCAAAAUAUUGGAUUGAAAUAUGGUAUUGAAAUA